AUGGCGCCUCCGCCUUCCAACUAUCCCCGCUGCGAUUGGCUCGCUGACAUUGUCCUGAGCCUUCUCAUUGGCUGCUUGUGGAUUUACUCUGACCGCUAACUUCCGGGUUGAUGUCCACGAGCUGCAGCGGCGUCUGAGCGGUUAUUUCUUUUAAAGUCGUGAUGGCGGAAGGUGCCGAGGUCGUGAGCUGCGAGCCUCCCGGAGAAGAGGAGCAGGGAGCAGGGGGAGAAGAGGAGCAGGGAGCAGGGGGAGAAGAGGAGCAGGGAGCAGGGGGAGAAGAGGAGCAGGGAGCAGAAGAUGGAGGAGGCUCGGAGAGGGAGGAUGGAGCCGCUUUGACUGAUGCUCAGAGAGACGUGUUGGAAAGAUGUCUUCAUACACUCAGACACGCACAAAACGACAGCCACACGCUGGCUGCUCUGCUGCUGAUCACUCGUUUGUGUCCGGCGAGCCAACUAGACAAACCCACCUUGAGACGUAUCUUCGAGGCCGUGGGACUCAACCUUCCCGCUCGGCUUCUGGUGACAGCCGUCAGAGGGCGUGAGAGCUCCGGUCUGCCCCCACAUGAACUCCUUUCAUUGGGCACAGCUCUGUUGGCCGCCUUGAGCACAGACCCAGACAUGGCCUCCCAUCCCCAGCUCCUCACCACCGUCCCGCUCUUGCUGGGCCUUUUAGCAAAUGGUCCUGAAUCAAACCAGCAGGAAGAGAAACAAGCUGGAGAGAAGGGGAAGAGUCCAGAUAGUAACGUACAAGCAGAAGAGAGUUCAGGUCCAGAAAGUAAUCCUGCCAAAGUGGAAAAACCAGCGGGGGAGAGAAAAGCCAGUAAGCAAAAUGGUGAUGACAGCAGCAAAUCAAACGGGGUGAAAACACCUACAGAAACAUCACCAUGUGCCCGUCUCGAUAAGGCCAUGGCUGCUGACUGCUACCAGGUUUUGACGGCAGUGUGUGCUUUACCCAGGGGCCUUGAUCAGCUGCUGGGCAGAGGGGCCAUUCCUGCUCUGUGUCAAGCAGUGGAACAAAACCAGACUUUCAGCCGUGAGCAGGGGCUCCCCUUGCUUGGUUGCCUCCUCUCUGGUAGAACCAAGGACAAAGCGUGGGGUAAACACCCUGCGGAACUCCACACCCUGCUGGACAGGCUCUCCAAAGAUUUCUGUCAGUCCACAGAGCAGGCCCGACUGGACAGGUGCUCCCAGCUGGUGCAGUUCCUGCCCCCAGUAGGAGUGGCCGCAGCGAGUGAGGAGCUGAAGGGAGUCGUGAGCCGUGUGUGGGGGACUUUAAGACCCAUGAUGCAGUCUAAGUUGACACCGAGGCAGAUCAGGCCCAUCCUGGUCCUCAGUGCGUGUCUGCUGGAUUUGUAUGGGUGGGAGCAGGUGGGACCCCCGAAGACCUGCUGCUUACUGGUGAACCGGGCCUGCGUGGAGGUCAGGAUGGGCCUGGAGGAGCCGCCCGGUAACGAGCUGAGCCCAGAGCUGCAGCACACACUCACAGGCUGUUACAGAAUCAUGGAGGCUGCCAUAGAGCAGGCCUGCAGUCCGGCUCUGACUCAGACUGCUGCACCUCCUCCGAGCUCCGUGUCCUCGCUCAGUCUGCAGCAGAGCCAGCAGAUCCUCACUGUCCUGCAAGAGGCCUUCUCCGCUGUGAUUUACCACCUGCAACAGGUGGAUCCGAGUCAAUACGGCGACCCUUUCAUUUUCGCCACAUUCCGCUCUCUGUGCUCAUGGCUGGCCGAGGAGACGUCCUGUCUGAAGGAGGAAGUGACUGGACUGCUGCCUUUCCUGAUCGGCUACGCCCAAAGCCACAUGCGGGGUGAGAGCCCCGAGCAGGGCCUCUCUGACUGGAUGGCUGAGAUGUCUUUCUCCGAGGAGAGGGGGCCCUGGACGGGCAGAGAACCUCUGAGGUAUCUCCUCCCAGCUCUGUGCCACCUGUCGGCAGAGGAAGGUCCCAGGAAGGUGCUGCUCACGCUCGACACCCCGGCCCUGCUGGUGGACUUUCUGACCCAGAGCUGGAAUUCCCUCAAGGGGAAAGGUGGGGUGGCGUCGAGCAGGGAUCCCAGCAUGGAGACGGCCUGUUCAGCUCUCCUCAACUUCACCGUCACAGAACCAGAGAGAGUCAGGAAGGAUGCAUGUUUCAGAACUCUAGAGGCUUUGCUGAGUGAAGCACUUCCUGUGUUGGUGCAUAAACCCCGUCUCCUCGUCCUUGCAGCGAAUAUGUGCACUUUGGGGCUAAUGAUUGGUCGACUCAGAUCAGCUCCUACAGGAUCAGUGGAAGCCAGCCAGAGGCGUUUCUUCUCCUCAGCCCUCCGGUUCCUCCGUGGCGCCCUGGACACCGGAUCCAGCACCAAGCUGGUUCAGGUGAGCGUCAGCUGGGCGGAGAACUGGGACGAGGCUGCCGAGCUCUGGAGGUUGGGCUUGCAGGCCCUGGGAGGCUGCGUCCGGGCUCAGCCCUGGAUCACCACGCUGGUCAGAGAGGAAGGUUGGCUCAAGCACACACUCACCAUGCUGGGCCAGUGUAGCGCACUAGCUGACCAGCACACGCAGGGGGCGCUAGAGGAAGCUCUGUGCGCCGUGGCAGAGCGGUGUCCCCUCUGUAAACAGGAGAUCGGAGACGUGAUGAGAAACGAAAAGGGAGCGUUGAGCUGUAUGCGGAACCUGAAGAAGACAAUGUUGGUGAAGUGAAACCAAACUGCUGCCGAUGGACAAACAGUGCGUUUUUAACUUAAAACGUUGAAAAUGAAGAAGCACAGCCAUUAAUGAAGCCAAACUGAUGUGUUGUAUAAAUGUUUUGUUAUAUUAUAAAAACCUCCCAGAAACAUGAACACUUGAGCAAACCUCAGUCUGAUAAAACCACCAAAAAUGACAGAAACCACCUUUGGAGUAAAUUUUACUUUUUGGUCAAUGUCCCAGCCACUAACAUGUAGGAGGUGGGGUUUAUGGCCCGGGGGGAGAUUGAGACGCUUCUGUCUUUGCUUGUCCUCCAUCUUUAUGUAGUUUAUGAUUCUGACGUGGAUAAUGUGUCCUCUGGCUUUUCUGUGUAAAGAGACGAAAAGACACCAAAGCUCACAAAUUGAAAAUAGGUCAAAUUCUGUUUCUGUCAUUUAUGUUUUCUGUGUAACUUUUCCCCCUCAGACUGAGACUGAAAUGCUUUUUAUCUUAACUAUUUACAUCAGUGAAAAAUAAUCUAAACCAUAAUCUACAACCACAUACAUGUAAAGCCUGUGGAGACAGCUGUGCCCUGGAAACAAAAGGUUUUUCUUUUCCUCCCGGGAAUUUCAAUACACACAAGCUGUUUCUUACACGUGAACCCUGAGAUGUAAAUGCAUUUAAUAAAGAAUUAUUUUGUCAGAGAACUGAAAA